ACUGUAACUCUAGUACUGGAUCCAUACACACAGCUCAAGCGUUUGAAUUUGUUCUACGCAUCCUGUGCAUGCAGGAGCGAACCACAAUCAGAUCGCACAUACAAUAGCGCACUGGACAGUACAAGGCCCGUGUUCCACAUCCCGUUGUGCUCUCUAAGUAGUGUUUCCAGUGAUCGUAUUGCAGCACAUCUGAGCAAUCAUGUCUGAGGAUAUCCCGAAAUCAGCGAUGGACGCUGAAAUCGAUGAGGAUGUUGACGAGGCCGAAUCUUCGUCCAGAGUGGACAAGGGCAAAGGUCGCGCCACAGAAGAAGACGUGCUGGAAGCGCAGGGCGAAGACCUCCACGUACCUCAGAACGAAGAGGAGACAGACCCACCCCUAGAGCAUACUCUCGACAACCUCAAUUUGGGCCCGGCAGGGGAGAACAACCAAAUCACUGCAGAGUUCAAGGCUCUCGAUGCUGAUCCCGCCGUCCUCCCCUUCCCGCUAAACUCUGCUGAUGGGCGAAGAGGAGGUGUUACCGCCUUGGAGUAUUCCAGGCGGGAAGAUCGCGUCGCCGCUGGCUUUGAAGACUCUUCUAUCCUCGUUUGGGACGCGAACACGCGCAGGUUGCUGCAUGAAUUGCGCGAUAUCGAGCAUACCGACUACGUAUGCGCUCUUGCAUUUUCGCCUGAUGCGACGACACUCGCAGUUGGAUACCGCGAUGCCGUCGUCAUCGUGUGGGAUCUCACCACGGGCGAAAGGAUAACAACGCUCACGGGCCACGAUGGGUUUGUGAAUUGCGUCGUGUACUCACCCGACGGGCGCACGCUUGCCUCCGCGGCAGUAGACGCCACUGUCAAGCUAUGGGACACCGAAACCUAUACCGAGCGUGCAUCGACGACCGACCACGAUGCGCUUGUCCUUGGCGUCGUCUUCUCGCCAGACGGAUCGCGCAUCCUCUCAGGUGCGGCGGACGGCGUUGCACGUCUGUGGAAUGCAACGGAUGCAGCCGCCCUCCGGGAAUUCCAGGGACACGAUGGGGUCAUCUACGAAGUCGCCUUCUCCCCCGAUGGCCGCAGGCUGGUCACCAGCUCCGACGACGGUACGGCAAGGGUGUGGAGCGCUGAAUCGGGAGACGAGUUCAUGAGGAUCAGCGAGCACUCCGGGUCAGUCUGGAUGGCGGUCUUCUCUUCGGACGGACAGCGCGUCUUGUCUGUGUCCAGCGAAGGCAUCGUGAAGGUCGCGAACUCGUACAGCGCCGAGCUGCUCGACACCAUCGAGGGAGGCUCCGAGUUCGCGAGCUCGCCGACGCUGUCGUCGAAUGGCCAGUAUGUCGCCGCGGGUGGCGAAGACUACUCGCUGUCGAUCUGGAACACGGAGACGAACAGGCGCAUUGCGCGGCUUCCGGGGCAUAGAGACAUCAUCACUCGCAUCUGCUUCUCCCCAGAUAAUGAGCGCGUGGUCUCUGCAGCGGAUGAUGGUCGGGUGCGACUCUGGCAGCUCAGUGACCUUCCCACUCCUCCCCCUUCUGAUGAUGGCGAGGAGGCAGAAGAGGAAGGUGGCACAGCCGAAGAAGAAGACAAACCUAAAGAGGAGGAGGAGGAGGAGGAGGAGGAGGAGGAGGAGGAGGAGGAGGAGGAGGUUGAAGAGGAUGAGCAGAAAGAGGACCGUGACGUCUAGUUUCGAAGAGGAUUUCCACGGACAGCUUGCUUCAAUGUAAUCUUGUAACUUCUGCUCUUAUAACUUACCUUUCGUCCUGCUACUAACAGCUCCAAUCUCGAAUUGUAUUGCUAC